UCACAAUUUACGAUUCAGGAACGCUUCUCGACACUUGACACGCAGCAUCGUAUCAGCGUAGACGCUGAAUGCGCAAGGCAUGCCUUCAUGCAUCAUCACUCGAGCGAUUCAAGAUUGCAACAGCGACACGGAAUACCACCUGGUCGGCGUCGUCUAUAGAGAAGAGCAGUCGAGCUUGCUUGUGGACGCGCUGAGCUCCCCUUCGAUUCGAGCGCAUUUACACCCGACCUCUGGCGAUACGACAUCCUUGGGCAACCUUCUAGCGCCAUGUCCUCGGUGCGAACGAGCAGCAGGUGCGGUCUCAGGCCUGCUCUCCAAUAUGCCGCACCGGAAGCAAGCAGCAGGCUGGCAACUUCAUCGUCUUCGAGGACAGAGAGGUCCGCAGCUCCUCGAAGAGCAUCGCAUUCCGCCCACCACGAGCCUUUGGACUUCAUCGACAGGCGAUUGCGAAGCAGCGCGUCGCAGCUACACAACACUUCUCUGCCGCUCAGGACAACAUCAUCAGCGUCGACCUCGCAGCAUCGCAAAAGCUUCGCAUCCACACUCACUGCCGCAUCUGGGAGUGCUGCAAGCUCGACAUCCGCUCCCGACAGACCCGGGCCCAAGCGGCUGUACGACGAGAGGGUGGAGAAAGGGCUGCUGAGAGAAGAUGCGCAUCAAAGGAGAAUAGUGGAAGGGCCCUUGCAACAAAUGUACGACGAGCUGCAGUCCUACACGCAGCAGGUGCAACCAGAGAUCAAGAAAGCGGUUGCCGGCUUGCUGACACGCUGGUUUGGUCAGAAGAAAGAUGAGCACGACUCGCUGCCCAUCUCACCGGAUGUUCCUAAGGGGCUGUACUUAUACGGAGAUGUCGGGACGGGAAAGUCCAUGCUGAUGGAUAUGCUGCACGCCACGCUGCCUCCAACAGCCCAGCGCAUUCACUUUCACGCCUUCAUGGUUGAAGCUCAUAAGCGCAUGCACGCUUUCAAAUCUAGCGUUCACAAACCCAGCGGGAUGGUCAUGAGCGCAGCUAAAGCCAUCACUUCGGGCGAAGUCGUCUCGUCUACCAAUCCUGCUGGAGCUGCCAGCGCUGCUGUGAAGGCGGCUGCUGCUGGGGAAGAGGUGGAUCCCAUACCGCCCGUGGCUAGAGCCUUGGCCAAAGAACACGACGUGGUCUGCUUCGAUGAGUUCCAGGUGACGGACAUUGCAGACGCUAUGAUCCUCCGAAGACUGCUCGAGCACAUGGUCUAUCACGGCGUGGUCUUUGUCAUGACGUCCAAUCGACAUCCAGAUGAUCUGUACAAGAACGGCAUUCAGCGGUCUUCUUUCAUCCCGUGCAUAGAGCUGCUCAAGUCUCAGUUCCGAGUAGUGGACCUCAAUUCAGGGAUCGACUACAGGAAGCAAAGGAGGGCCUUGUCCAAGGUGUACUUUCAUCCGCUCAACGACGAGACCACGCGGGAGAUGGACAAGUUGUGGAAGGCGACAACGAGUGGUGAUCCUUCCGACCCCGUCAUGGAUGGUCGGCAAUUGAGCGUGUGGGGACGCAAAUUGACAGUGCCGCAAAGCACAACCAAAGCAGCGAGAUUCGACUUUAUGGAUCUAUGCGGCACGCCAAAGAGCGCAGCAGAUUAUCUAGAGAUUUGCAAGAGCUUCGACACACUGUUCAUUGACAAUAUACCCCAGAUGAGCAUCCAUCAACGAGAUUUGGCUAGAAGAUUCAUCACUUUUGUCGAUGCUUGUUACGAGGCCAAGAGCAAGAUAUUCAUGAGCUCGGAAGUGCCCAUCGUGCAGGUCUUGUCCAGCAAAGAGACGGACAAGGCGGAUAUCGAAAAAUUCAGGUUGCUCAUGGAUGACCUCGGCAUGACGAUGGAAUCGCUUGGAGGUAGUCCAAUCGUCAGCGGUGACGAAGAGCUCUUUGCUUGGGCUCGACUGAUCAGCAGAGUCACAGAGAUGGGCACAAAGGCGUGGGCAGAAUCGUCAAAGGGCGAAUCGCACUAAGGAUCCUCUUGCGUCUUUGCUUUACCAUCUCUUGCUUGCCCUAAUCACACAGACUCGCGACAUUGCCGAUUUGGAUUCACGCAGCUCAUGCCUGCUGUCUGUACAAGCAAAUGCAAAUUAUUGAAUACGGCUAAGGUGCUCCGUCCGCAG